AUGUUCCUACAGAAGCCCUUUCUUUCAUUUUUCGCUUUGGCAUCUAUCCUGACGGGGGUCAUAUCGCGCAGAGGCCACGACUCCGAGGGCGAAAGUGGUAGCAGCAGCAGCGGGAGUAGCGGCAGCAGCGACAGUGACAGUGCAGAAAGCGAUUCUACAUCAACCUCCUCCUCUGGUAGCACCUACACAUGCGUCGACGAUCAUCGCCUUACCGUCAGCGACCUGGAACCGGACCACUAUAGCAAUUACACAUUUAUCUACGGCAGCCCAGAUGCCUAUACCGACUGGAAUGGGGCAUAUUUCCAAGGCGAGGCCUUCUUCAACUACGAUAUUCGAGAACUUUCCAACACUUCCGCUGCUUUCAAGACGAACUGCCCCACGGGCAGUUCCUCAAUUCGCAUGCUUGGUGUGGCUUGGAUCGGACCAAAAGCCCCAACCCCAACAAACUUGCGCAAUCCCUUCUCGUUAGGAUUCAAGGCGUGGAAAACCGAUAAAUCGGUCACGGAUAUUGCGUAUUCAUACAGUUGGUGCGAUCAAGAUGUGGAUCUAAUUCAUCUCGGGACAACGGUAGACUGGCGCAAAUAUAGCUCUCACUCAAGUGGCGAUACUGAGGGCGCGAUCGAUGCCGUGGUGUUGAAUGUGACUCAGGAUUCCAAUAAUAGUGAAAGAGCUAUAUUUGAUGGCUACUGGGACCUUUCGAGCUUGGAGUCCUCCCAGAGAGUCUAUUCCAAUGAUGGCCGACAUGAAGAUCAGAUUCACCUACCCGGCGAAAUAUGCCAACGCUCGAGCGAUAAUUUAUGGGUAGGUUGGGAGAAGGGAAUAUAUAUCAAUGGCUCGAUUACAAACGAGACCUUGGAGCUGUCCAUUUCUGGCUCAACGGUUUCUGGAUUCACGAAGUCCCUAGUGGAUGGGUCAUAUGAAGAUGAAGUGAAGGUCAAUUUUAGCGUCACCUUUACGGGUAGCUUGGACACGGUCAAUUCAUCCCAGAUACUGAAUAUUGGCGAGGGUAACAGCUCGCUCGUCAAUUUUGAGCGGGCAACUGGGCGUGCAUCUAGUAUGCUGUGCCCAAACGCCCUGCUAAUAUCCACGUUUGUUGUCAUUGCAAUGACGAUGAUUUUUAUAAUUUAG